AUGGAAAGAUCUGCCAUCGUUGCUGCUGGAAAGAGAAAGAGAAAGACGGCAGACACCAGCAAUACUCGAAAAAAACAAUCAUCUACUGUUCCAGAGUUUGCUUUAUAUCCUUUGGAUUUGCCUUUGUCGCUGCUGGAUGCUAAAAAUGUCUUUGAAGGUAUCAAUCUGGCCGCUGCUUUAAAUCCACUCUGUGAAUGUUCUUAUCAAGCGAUCCGCACUACCGUAUCUAAACUGCUUGCUAGGGAAAUCACACUGAUAGAUGUAGCAGCCGUAAAAGCCAUUGCUCAGGAUAUGCUGGUUAUAAAGUGGGUUCAAAGUUUGUAUCGAAACGAUGGAUCUACAAUUGAACUUAAAACUGCGGCUGGACUUGCUGAUUCAAUCCAAACUUUAGAACCAGUUUUGACAAUUGCAUUCUCAGAUACAGCCAUGUUCAAAAAAUCCAUGUCUAAAGGUGCAUCUGCUAAAAUGAAUAAACUCGCUGUGGAACGUCGCAGUAUGGAUUUCUAUACUCGAUUGAUGAGUUUCUGGCAAAAAGCCAAACUGCUAGAAACCGACAUUGAAUUGUUUUUAAACCAAGCCAAAUCAACUGCGCUACCUUGUAAUCCUUAUAUCCAAACAUCACUCAUCAACGAGCCAUCUGCUUGUAUAUCCACUUUAAAUGUGCACGAUCCAAGCAAAAAUGUAUCCAGCAGUGAUAUUCCAACUGCUGCUGACAUUGUUUCAUCCAUAAAGUAUACGCCGUUUUAUCGCGAUCAGAUUGGUUCUACCCAUCAUCAUGUCACUGCUAUUCGCGAGGCCAAGUAUGGAAAAUUACCCAAAGCAAUCGAGCAGUCCAAAACAUGGCAAUCAAUUCAAUCAUUUACCAAGAUCUAUCAUUGCUACGAACAUCAAACCGAAGCACUGCACGCUAUCCAAGAUGGUCAUAGUGUGAUUUUAUCUGCCUCUACUUCAAGUGGAAAGUCUCUUGUAUAUCAACUAGCUAUACUUUAUGAACUAGAGCGUAUUCCGCAUUCACGAUCUAUACUUAUUUUCCCCACAAAAGCACUUGCGCAAGACCAAAAACGAUCUUUGAACAAUUUAAUUUGUCAGCUCCCUCAUCUAACCCAUAGUGUAUGCGACACUUUUGAUGGGGAUACCUCGACCAACUCAAAUAUUCGAAAAAAUCUUCGAAAUACACUAUCCAUAGCACUAACCAACCCAGACAUGCUACAUGCUGCAAUCUUGCCUCAUCAUGCUUUGUGGCAUUCAUUUUUGAUGAAUUUACGGUUUGUUGUUAUAGAUGAAAUGCAUUAUUACACAGGAAAACUGGGUGUGCAUUUUGCGUUAGUGAUGCGAAGAUUGCUACGCAUAUGUAGAUUCUAUGGCAACAACCACGUCCAGUUUAUUGGCUGCUCAGCUACAAUUGGAAACCCUUUUGAACUUAUGAAGACAUUGGUAGGCGUGGAGGAUGUGAUUGCUGUUACAAACGACACAUCAGGUAUGGGUGCUCGACACCAGAUUAUAUGGAAUCCACCGUAUCGUUUUAUCGACUUUCCAUCGCUCGGGCGGUUAAGUGUACUGGAUGAAACUGCGCAAGUUUUUGCGUUUUGUAUAUUAAAGCAAGUGAAAACUAUAUGCUUUACAAAGACUCGAAAUCUCUGCGAAUUAGUUUUUCGUGAAACUGUAGCAGUGAUUCAAAAAACUAAUCCAGAACUUUCCAAAAAAAUUGCGUCGUAUCGUGGUGGUUAUAAUUCAAGCGAUAGGCGUCGGAUUGAAUCCCAGUUGUUUUGCGGAGAACUACUUGGCAUUGUUUCGACAAAUGCUUUAGAGCUUGGAAUUGAUAUUGGCGUGCUAGAUGUGGUAAUUCACUGCGGAUUUCCAUUUAGUUUUGCGUCUUAUCACCAACAGCUAGGCCGUGCAGGUCGAAGAGGCAAACAUUCUUUAUCUAUUUUGAUUGCCGAGGAUACCAAUUCUGGUGAUCAAUGCAUGGUCAAGAAUCCUAGCUAUUUAUUUGAAACAACAUCAUUUGAAAACGUUAUUGUUGAUAUUUCCAACCAAGAACUUCUUGAGCCCCAUUUACAAUGUGCAUCAGCCGAAAUCCCAUUCAAUCCUAUGCAAGAUGCCGCAUUAUUUGUAUCCCCUAAUGAGGAUGCCACACUUGAAGAUACAAUCAAUCGUCUAGAGUAUAUGUGCGAUCAACAUUUACGGUUUGAUGUAGUUCAAAAUGCAUACAUUUGUGCGUCCAAAUACCAAGGCAAUCCCUCAUCUGACAUAUCAAUCCGAGGCAUGUUGCUCGCGAAUGCUGAUUCCAACGCAUUUGUGGUGAUGGAUAUUUCCACCAGAACCGUUAUUGAAUCCAUUGAACCUGAAAAAGUAGCCUUCACACUUUAUCCUGAUGCAGUGUUUCUUCAUAUGGGAAAUGUGUAUUUGAUAGUUGAUGUCAACAUCAAUCAGAAACUCGCUAGAGCAAAGCGUGCAUUUCCCUGCAUUGAAUACAUUACAAAGUGUAAAAGUCUUACAAGGAUUGAUCCAGUUUCAACACGGGGAUCUAAAUCAGUGCAGACUCAAUUGAAGAAAAUCCCAUUAAGCACAGUUUUGGCAAUUCAGCAAAAAAAUCAUGAUAUUGAAUUUAGUAUUCAUGCUGCUACGCACAUCUUAAAAUCCAUAUUGCCCUUGUAUACAUCUACUAAUACUGACAGCAUGCAUAGUAUUGCUCACGAGUGCAAAUCACCAAAUGUAAAGCAAUCACGGUCGCCACGAAUAAUCCUAUACGACUCUUCAGGGCAAAUGGGACUUGUGGAGCGUAUGAUAAGGUUUAUGCCAUAUUUGAUUCUUAAAGCCGCACAUAGUUUAAGUAAAUGCGAGUGUCUUGAUGGAUGCGAGUCUUGUGUAUGGUCAACGUCAUGCCGAUAUGGCAAUCAAGCGAUCGAUAAGCAUGGGGCUUUGAAAAUUCUAAAUGAUUUAGCUGGCGUUGAUACUGAUCCGCUAGCCCUGUGA